UCCACUCGCGCGGUGUCAAGUCGAUAGCAGGGGGUAAAAAGGAUUGGACUGGACUGGAUAGGUAAGGUGGAUUAAAAAGUGGAAAUUAGGAUUGGACUAUUGACAGAAGACAGACAGAUCAGUAGAGGUAGGUACUGGAAUGAGAUUUCAAACAACCUGAGACGUGAGAUUGGGUGCAAUUUUAAAAUUAUAAUUUAAUUAGUACCAUAAAUUAUUACAAAGUAAAAAAGGCAAACAAUGGCACAUUAUAAAGGAGCUGCCAGCGAGGCUGGAAGAGCCAUGCACUUAAUGAAGAAGCGAGAAAAAGCUCAAAAAGAAAUAGAAUUCAAGAAAAAGAAAAUAGAAGAAGAUUUAAAAAUAUCAAAUAUUGAAAACAAAUUUGCUGCUCAUUAUGAUGCUGUUGAACAACAGCUCAAGAGUUCCACUAUUGGUUUAGUAACAUUAGAUGAAAUGAAAGCUAAGCAAGAAAAUAUAGUGAAAGAACGUGAAAGGAAAUUAGCGCAGAAGCAACUAGAGAAAGAAAGAGAACAGCAAAGACAACUUGAAGCCAAACAAGCCGAAAAAAAUAGACAGAAAAAACAGAUCCAAGCUCUAUCCUUUGAUGUGGAUGGAAGCGAGGAGGAAGAGGAGGAUGAUGAAGAGGAUAAGGAUUCUGACAAAGAGGAAUUUCCAGUGUUGAAGAAAAUUAGGAAAAAUCCUGAUGUAGAUACAAGUUUUCUACCCGAUAGAGAAAGGGAGGAAGAAGAGAAUCGGCUCAGAGAAGAACUGAGACAAGAAUGGGCAGCCAAACAGUCGACAUUGAAGGAAGAAGAGAUUGACAUCACAUUCAGCUACUGGGAUGGUUCAGGACAUAGAAAAACUGUCAGAAUGAAGAAAGGUAACUCAGUGUAUCAGUUUCUACAGAGAUGUCUGGAGCUACUGCGAAAAGAGUUUAGUGAACUGAAGACGGUCACUGCUGAUCAACUCAUGUACGUCAAGGAGGACUUGAUUCUUCCUCAUCAUUACACCUUUUAUGACUUUAUUGUAACAAAGGCUCGAGGAAAGAGUGGGCCCCUAUUUACAUUUGAUGUUCAUGAUGACAUCAGAAUGGUGAGUGAUGCCAGUGUGGAGAAAGAAGAAUCACAUGCAGGCAAAGUGUUACUGCGCAGUUGGUAUGAACGGAAUAAACAUAUUUUUCCUGCCAGCCGCUGGGAACCUUACGACCCUACCAAGACUUAUGAGAAGUACACAAUCAAAGAUAAAGCUGCUAAAAAAUAAUAAAUGAUUAUUAAUUACUGCUGA